UACUCCCUAUAAGAACAAAUUAAAAUGAAAACUUUAAUAUUGACUCUUCUUAUUAGCUUCUGCUAUGCUUAAGUUAACCUUAGAAGUGGUUACUAAAUGAAUACUUUAAGUUAAUGUUAAAAACCUUGUUUUUUAUAGAAAGAUAAGCUUUUUAAAGGUGCUGCUAUUGGAUUUCCCGCAUAUAGUAACAAAGGAUAUUAUUAUACAUAAUCAACCAUUUACGAAAAUGACAUGCUUUAUUUGUGCUGUGACUAAUAGAGAACCUUUGAUUUCUUGGAUGGCCUGAUAGUCCCUGAUUUUGUAGAUGUAAAAAAAUUAAAUCUAGAUGAUUUAAAUCAGAUAGAAGUCAGCAUUAGAAAAGAAGACAACCCUAAUUAAUUUAAAAUUUAAAUUAGUCAUCAUUUUUAGAGAGUAGCCUUUUAAGUUUCAUCAAACAGAUAACCAUAUGCAAAUAUGACUACUGUUUUAUAAAAAAUUGACCCUAAUUCAUGCCCUUAACCAAAAUUCAGUGCAAAUUGGAAUAAUAUUUACUUGAAUCUUGGUGUAAAUGUUAUAACAUCGAUGUAUAUUGGAGGUGAAUUUGACAUAAAUUUCUAUCUCUCAACAAGCAAAGAUUAUACUAAAGAAGAAAUUACCAAUAUUUACUGGUAGCAUAUUUAGAAUAAUACAAUUUAAAGUCUUUGUAAAUACUUUGAGGGCUGUGAAUAUGUAUCUAGCGAUGGUUGGACAAGAGGAAUUGAGUUUUUACGAGUUGAUUAAAGCUUUUAAAUGUUCUUAAAAAGCAUAGACAUAUAAAAUUACGAAUAUUAAAAACCAUCAAAAGAAUUUAACAUCUAAAAUGAUAUAACAGUCUUGAAUUCUUAUUAUCUCUUUAAUGAAGAAUCUUCGAGUUUUUAGGAAUGUAGUUUAAAGCAAUGGAAAUAAUAUAAGGAUAGGUUUUACUCUACAUACUGA